CGCGUGCUCGAGUUGUCUGUGUGGACAGUUCACCAAACAUUUCAUUAUUUCCUCCGUGGAUAUUUGUUCGGAAGAGACAACGAAGACCUCACCCUCUCCUCUAGUAAGAAAUUCAGCACUUCCCCCAAACCAUGAGCAACGUGGGCUAUUGCGCGCCUCAGCCUUCACGUCGGCACAACCCCGUGGACAGCAUUUGCCGCAAGCUCCAGACCAUCCAGUGGCGUGGUGACAGGGAACCCAAUUCAGCCUUCCAGAUCCCUAGACUCUCUUCCAGCAGUUACGACAGCCCUCAGUGCGGCCUCAGGCACAACCUGGAAGCCAUCCUGAAGAAAGGCGCCAUCCUCAAAGACGAGGUGGAAAGGGUUCAAGGGAUGGGGAUGCCAAGCUCCCACAGCAGUGGCCUUGGUUCCUACGUACCCCUCUCAACUCCCAAAUGCAGUCCAUCCACACCAGCUAAUGUCACAUACACAAUCACAAGCACCCUGGGAGAGAGGAGAGGUCCUGAUGGGAGUGAUUUAAAACAUGUGAGGACAUGGCAGAGGUACUGUUCAACACCCGCAGGCCAGUCCAGAGACUCCCCUUAUUUUACGUUCACCCGAGGGCCAAACCCAGCGCAGUGUGAGAGCGACAGCCGGAGCUCUAGUCCUCCUCUGUCCUGCACUUUCACGUCGAGGAACAGCACCCUCUCCUACAACGUGAACUUCUGCUCUGCAGACGCAGCAAAUUCAGCACAGUGUGAGCUGCCCUACCCCGCACUGGUUGUGAAAAGACUUUCCAUGGGAGAUGGAGGGACGUCGGUUGACUCUGAAAAUGGAAGAAAUAUGGCAGAAAUCAGCCUCAUCUGUGAAGAGAAUCUGCUCGAUACCAUAUUUCAUGCUUGUGACACCCAGCGCAGAGGUAAAGUGUAUGUGUCUCAUAUUGUCAACUACCUGCGUCACACAACCAGUCGAAGCUCCGAAGACAGUGGACUAGAGGAACUUUGCAACAUGCUGGACCCAGAACGUAAAGACGUGUCCAUUGAUCUGGACACCUAUCAUGCUGUCAUGAAGGAGUGGAUAGAUGACUGCCGCAAUAGCAGAGAAGUCUCAGCAGAGAACUACACCCAGGAAGACUCAAUUAAACUCAAAGAUGGUACCUCUGCCCGAAGGUCUAUGUUGCUAAAUAUGACAUCAGGAAGCUUGGAGGCCUUUGGUGGAGAGGCAUCUAGAGUGGAAUUUGAAACAUCAGAGCUGGUAUAUUGUGUCGCUGAUCUUCAGAUGAGCAACCAAAAGCUUCAGGAAGAGGUACGGAAGCUAAAGCAGGUGGUGGAGAGCAUGGAGGAGAGCAACCAGAAACUGGCAGAGGAAAACGAGGAUUUACGCAAUCAAGCUAGGGUAACCCAACAGCUUGCACAGAAGGAGAAGAUGCUGAAAGAAGAGGUGGAAGAGAUGAAGGCAACAUUGAGCUGUACAGAAGAAGGGAGAGCUCGCGCCUCGGCACACAGCAAGCAUAUGGAGAGAGAAAAUCAGAGCCUGAUUACCCAGAUUGCAUCUCUUCAGGAGGAGAACUUUAAGAUCACCAUGGAGACGGAUGAGCUCCAGAACAAAAUAAGGGAGCUGUGUGACAUUAUUGCUGACCUUCAGCUGCAAAAUCACUCCUUUGAUGCCGUCAUUGGUGAAAAAGAAGCUAUUAUUGUGGAGAAGAACAGACAAAUAAAUGAGCUGAAGGCAACAGUCGAGGAAUAUUCUGCCAUCACAGAGCUGCUGAGGAAGGAUAAAAACAAGCUUGAGACCCAAAUGCAGAUGAUUCUUCCAGAUCUCGCUGGGGCUAGUCUGGCUUUGUCAGUGGCUUACAGAUUAAACCAGAGCAGCCUGGGAUCCCUGCAGACAGAACUUGCUCUGGCACAGUCUCCACUGGAGACUUCUGCUGGAGUGAACUAUUUUUCCACUCCAAUGACCACGGUCUCUUCGCUGGACGAGACGCUGGACAGAGAGUUGUUCCUGAUGCUGCAGGGACCCAACACCGAACAUGUUUCUCUGGAGUACAAGAGUCUCCUAAACAAACUGAAAAGAGAUUUCAAAGAAGAAGCCAGCUGCGUCUUAUCUGCAGUUCAAAACAUGAUGGAUAACCACACACAGUCAGACAGUAACACCAACCCUGAUCUUCAGACGGUGCAGGCUGAGCUCGAUGCUAGGAGGGCAGACUGGGCUGUUGGCUUGGACCAGCUGGCUCAGUACACCGACUCGUUAGAAAAGGAGCUGAUCAAAAUGGCCAGCAACAUGAGGAGAUCCCGCACUGAGAUCCUCCACCUUUCGGUCAGGGUGCAGGAGCAGGAGAACCAGAAGCGGCAGCUGUGCGAGGAACUGGAGCAGCUAAAGAUAUCUCAAGAAAGCAGAGAGGCCUCAUGCCAAACACCUGCGCCGGAGGAGGAGGAGCCUGACUUGGACUGGGACGAAGAGUUUGCUCUACAGGACUUCUUGAAAAAUGAACUAGCAGAGAGGAACUCCUGGCUGCAGGAUGGGAAAAAAGACUGCAGCCCUGAGGAAAAACCAGAUUAUUCACCAGAGAGAGUUGAAGAAGAGGAUGGGGAGAAGAGGUGGAUGGUAGUGGAUACACCUGGGGAAGGCAAAGUGAGAGAUACAUCCACUCCUCUCUCCUUCAUCUGUACGGACGUUCAACCUGCUCAAAGCACAUCUGAAGGAAGACGAGAUUUUGCAGCCUGCACAGAGUCAGAACUUGAGGUUAUUUGUCAACCUUUGCAGAAGGCGGCAGCAGUACCACUGAGCGCCCACUCACAGGCUGUCGGCAUAACACACCCAGAGGCGGUUGCUCUCCCUGCUCUGUCCCUCUCAGAAAACACAGGUGAAGACACAAGUGAGCUUCCAGAGUUGAACUCCAGCCUUCCAGCUCCAGCUCUAAACUCACCGGCUGAACAGGAUCACAGCACCAAGCCUCUUGAUUCAGCUGCUGCAGAAGCAGAUAUGGCUUCUGCAAGCGACGCGUCACCCGGAGCAGAUGAGAAGAUUCCCCAGAGCGACAGCAUCCUGUCGACCGGUGAGGAUCUCAGGCAAGUGGAGGAGAAAGAAGACGAGCUGGACGCAAGCGCAGCAGACAUGAACCGGCAUAAGAGCCUUAGUCGUGACCCGUCAGGAGAUAAAUCAGCAGCUGAGGACAGCACAAGUCCCUUACCUGUGCUGGUGGAGGAAGAAGAGACGGUUCAGGAUGAUACAGCUGACGGUCCAGCUCUUCCAACCAAUGUUGCAGCGAUGAACCAGCUCACAAGCAAUGGGCCAAACACCUCUGAGCGCGGCUCUCCUCAGUCAGAAUCACAGAUUGUACCAAACAGCCAAUCAGGAGGUGGAAAGAGCAGCACAUCCUCUAACCUCCCCUUUUCACAGAGUCUGGCACACAUCAUGGAUGCUGUUGAGAAGAACCAUAUCCAGGAUGAACCAAGUGAGAUCAGCCUGGUCUCCAGGAGACAAUCGGAUUCAUCCGUGAUCUCUGACUCCAACGAUGUUUUCAAAGACGACAGGAACAGCUCCUCACCUACUGAUAAGGAGAUUGAGGCAGAGUUCCAGCGCCUCGCACUGGGAUUCAAAUGUGAUCUGUUCACCCUGGAGAAAAGGCUUCGAUUAGAGGAGAGGUCGCGUGACCUUGCAGAAGAAAAUGUUCGCAGAGAAGUGUCCAGCUGCCAAGGCUUGUUGCAGGCUCUCACUCCUUUGUCGGAAGAUGACAGCCAGUCGAUGGAGAUCAUCCAGAGGCUCCAGAAAAACUUAGAUAUUCUGAUCCAGUCCAUGACCAGAGUGUCCAGUCGCUCUGAAAUGCUUGGAGCUAUUCACCAGGAGAAUCGUAUUGGUAAAGCAGUGGAGGUGAUGAUCCAGCACGUCGAGAACCUGAGGAGAACGUACACUAAAGAACACACUGAGCUCCUCGAGCUGAGAGAGGCGCUCAUGCAGAGUGAGAGAUCGUUCGGCUCACAAACGCAAAAAGAUGAUUUUCGGGGCAAGAAGCCGCCAUCAAAAUACACGCAGGAGAGAUCCAGAAGAGUCAGCACACCUGCUAUUGGAAACAUUCACUUUGGCAUGCCCAGAAUGGGUCAAGAUGGCCCAGAGAGUGAAAUAGAGAGGUUGACCAGGAGAUCCCCGUGGAAUGUGGCAGGGAAGAGCAUGACACGGCCGCCGCUAAAACGGUUUGUUAGCUCUGCGGCCUGGGUUGACACUGAAGACCCCCCUGACAUGACCAAGGGGCCGUCCUGCAGCAGCGCAGACUGCCAGUCGGACGACGAGCCAAAGGAGGCGGUGUUGGAGGAAAAGAGGAGGUCCAGCCUCACUGAGAUACUCGCCUCUCUCCUUCUGCCCCAGAAGACGUUAGUGAAACCAAAAGAACAUCACCAGCUUCCUGCAGCACUACUUCCAACUCCUUCGUCCAGCCCCACAACUACAGAUCCAGGAAUUCCUCAGUCUGUUUCCCAAAACCUGACCAGUUCCAAGGCCUCGGCUGCAGCAGUGGCCAGAGGAAGCAGAGGGCUCUGGCUGUGGUUGGCUAUUGUGGUUGUGCUAGCAGGCCUUCUUGCACUCCUGUUCAGUUUGGUGACGCAGCCAGCAGUCGACGCAGCGCCGGUGGGGACAGGAGACUCUUGGAUGACCAUCCAGCAGCUGCUGUGGCCUUACACUGGGCUCCGGCAUAACGGACAACCACCUGUGUAGACGGUGUACUGUGAGGCGGGUGGUUCUUGAGCCCCUCAUCCCCUCUGCAGUACGUCUCCUCGCACCAGCGUGGCGAUGACGGACAGUUUACCACUCCUGAGCAGAGACUGAUGGGACGUUUACUGGUGCCUGAAUAUUCCUGAAUCAAGAGUUGCAUUAACAGUACAGGCCAGGCCUUGGGGCUGGGAGGAUGGUCAACCCUACAGAUGAUUUUUAUGUAUCGGAUCAUGUUUGCUCAUUUAGUCUGUGUUUCUGCUCGUCUCUGUGUUUACAGGAGAGGUUGCGCUGACAAUGUUUUUACCACGGGGCAACCUGAAAACAUGAUGGUUUUGAUCAGUGCUGCUGAAAACAGCUGAUCAUGACGUAACACAUUCACUUAAAUCACGAUGUGUCAAAAACAGCUGGCCUAGCACUGACCGAUUAUGUCAAUUAUGAGGAAUGAUGGCACAAGUGUGUUGAAACACAUUUCAUUUGCUUAAAGUUAAAAAGACUACAAAUGUUUUAAUAGUUUUUUUUUUUUAUUUAACUUUCUGGUAUCAGAACAUAACGGUUGACUUGGCUAUACUGUUCAUAUAAGCUAAAGUCUACAAACACUGGCUAUGGGUUUAUUUUGUUUGAAAUGUAUACAAUUAUUAGCUUUGAGUGGAGAGAGAUGAAUCUUUUUACCUCAAAGCUAAACAUCACCAGGUAUGUACUGGUAUUGUAAUUGUUAUGGAUUUAAGACAAACUUUUUUCCUUUUUUUUUUUUAAGGUUCAACACCUUGUUUUGUCUUUUUAAGUUUGAACACCAACUUAAUUUCUUUUUACUUUAUUUCUUUCUGUGGCUCCCACAGUUUUCAAUUGAAUACACUUUUGUAUGUCCCAAAAAGGGAUGCAUGGAUCUUUGCACAAAUAAAGUAGCCUAUUCUGCAAUGAAAUGCGUUCUGCAUCCCAGUGUAAAUUUAACAUUCAUACACGUGUCAGUGCAUUAGCCUAAUACCACCAUUUAUAAAUCAACCAGGCUUCUGGAAGGGAGAAGGUUUUAACAAAGCCGUAAUGGAAGUUUCUGGCCAUAGGAAAUCCAUCCUCAAAAGACGCUCACACACCUGGAAUAUGGAAUUAAUGAUGCAGUACUUCAGUUGUUUUGGUCUAUUUUAAUCUCUCUUCUUUCCUCCCAGCUGAAAUGCCUGGCAGAAGUAUUAAUGCCAUGCAAACUCUGCUGUCAUUUGUCACAUGGCAACACAAAUCUUCAACUGAUUUUCUCUGGAUUUCACGAGAUUGAUAGAAAUUUGUGCACAAGUGUGAAGGAAGGUGAUAUGUUUUUACAAACAAAAAUCUCAAAAUGGUGGUUUUCAUUUAAAUUCAAUCUCCCAAAUGUAUAUUUUGUAGCUUUUAUAGGGUUUUGUUUGGGGGGGGGGCAGGGGUUCUCAAGGUUAAUCUUAACCAUCUUCCCUGCUCCACCUCUGCACUGCGCACCACUGCCACAACUCAAGCAAUGCUAUGGCCAGGAUAGCAUUGUCCUGCAGUGGUCGUUUAAUGCCACGGAGUUUUGGCUAUAGGAACAAAAAGUAAAUUUUGGUCUCAUCGAACCAGAACACCAUGCUUUCUUUAUCCUCUCUAGAGCUCGUGGCAAACUUCUUGGUGAUCUUCUUACAGUUUUCUCACAACUCAUCCAUAGAGGCUGCAUUUGCCCAGUGCAUGACUGACUGCUUUCCUCUCGACAGAUUCUCUUUUUGAGCUGUGUGUCCAUGCAGCUCCUCCAGUUAUGGGCCUCAAGGCUGCUCUUCUCUGAAAAAUUAUCUCUUUGCCCUUGUAUGGCCAUCUCUGGGUAUUGUUGCCAUAUUCAGUUGACGGGUUUAAGCUGUGCUUUGUAAGAUGUUCAUAUCUUAUGAUGUGUUUUCAUAACUAAGCCCAGCUUCAAACACCUCAACAACUUUACCCCUGACCUGUUGUGUUUCUAGCACGAAAUUAUUUCUUUGUUUCACAUUGAUGCACUACUUUGCUUUGGUCUAGUCCAGGUGGAAAAGCUCAAGGAGCAUGAACACUUUUACAGGGCAGUGUAUUAACCAACAAGCCAAUAAUUUGCAACAUGGAGCCAGCUUUUUAAUGCACUUCCCUAUUUGAAAAAGGAUAUCCCUUUUCCCUCUCGUGUUGAUGUAAAUGUCAAAUUGUAAAACAGCAGACAAUUGUAGCGCCAAAGCAGAAGUUACAAAACUGAACCAGACAUGUUGCUGGUAAUAAUUUGCAUGCGCACAGCUUAGUGAUGUUGUGUUGGUGUGCGGAAGAGCUCUGAAUGUCCCAUUCGACAUUCCACAUGGUCCACGAGAAGGAGCAAGCAAAUGUAAAGGGGAACAUCCGGCCAUGUUUCUGUGGUGGGGUCCUGAAACGUGGCUUUGAGGGAGGGGGGGGAAAUCUUAGUUUCAAAUUUUCUAAAUUUGAAUUUAUUCCACAGUUCCUUCUUUGCACUCUGAGGACAAACAAGCUGUAAACACUGAGCCAUGCAACUAAAUCCUGGUGUAACUUGUGGUUCUUCUUUUUUUUUUUAAAGGCGGGGGAGGGGGGUUGACACAUCUGUUGAAGAUCAGCAGUUGUUUAUUCCAUUCAGGAACAAUAUGACAGGAUAUGCAUGAUUUAUUGGUAUUAUAAAUAAAAUUCAAAACAAAUUCAGCCAGUGUUUGAAAAUUGGCAGCAAAAUGAGUUAUCUGAUCUGUAGUCUGAUUCAUGACACUCAUGUUUGUUGAAAAUUAACCUUUUGGAUGUAAAAAAAAAAAAAAAAAAAAAACUUC